CUGGUAAUCACUGUUUCUAGAUGCCGAACAAGCGUCCUUUCUUGCCCGAUCGAGCAAGUGUUGGUUAACGGGCUUUGUAUUGAAAGAGUUCCACCAGGUCAAAGGUGUAGGCAUUCUCUGCAAUGCUAUGAUGCUUCUGAAUGUUCCACAGACACCCAUCGUUGCGUAUGCGCUACAGGAAUGCACCUAAUAGGCGAAUACUGUAGGAAGUUGUUGUCCGAUGAUCCGUGCAAUCAAACGUCAUCGGUGAGACAAACUUUCAUUAUUUUACGACCACCAAGAGGCUCAGAAUGUAAGCUCGGUUACUGCUUGUGCCCCGAAAAUUCCGAAUUGAUAGGAAGCUACUGUGUUUCAACGAAGGCUACUUGCGCCAUGAAUCAAGUUAUGGUUAACAAAAGAUGUUUUAACACGGCUGAACUCGGACAGCCGUGUCAAGUCACCGAUCAGUGUAAGGGUAAUGGUGAAUGCACUUACGCUGGAAUUUGUUCUUGCCCCUCCGGAAAAAAGGAAGUGGAUGGCUUCUGCCAAGUCACUCUCGGCCUCCAGUGUCCGGUUUCUCAAAUUCAGAUCGGUGAAGUAUGUUACCCGAGAGUUAAGCCAUCCUCAAACUGUACUCACCCAGAACAGUGUUUAGAUGGUUCAACUUGUACAAACAAUACUUGCACUUGUCCAAGCAGCAGAAGGCUGGUCAACAAUUACUGCGUGUCAGCCUCUGCCGGUUUUUGUAAUGAAACACAAAUAAGCAUUAAUGGAGAAUGUCUGGAACUACAACAACCUGGCCAUUCCUGCACUAACAAUAUACAGUGUUUGGGGUCUUCGACGUGUCCCACAGAACUUCAUUAUUUAGAAUUUUUUCAGUUACUGAUUGAUGGUCACUGUUACAAUUACGCAUAUGUUCAUCAGUAUUGUGUUCAUAAUCAGCAGUGUAUCGGAGGAGCCCAAUGUCGCAAUAAUUUUUGCGCUUGUGAGCCAGGAUAUAUAUGGGAAAACACCAGUUGUGUAAAUGCUAAUGGAAACUGCGCACCAAAUCAGAUUCAUAUCAAUGGAAUGUGCUACGAUCUUUUAUACAUCGGACAAUACUGCUACUUUUCACAACAAUGUUUGGGAGGUUCCAUUUGCAGAAACGGUUAUUGUCAAUGUCCAUCUGGUACGACAAAAACCGGCAGCAGAUGUGUCUUUAGUAAUACGACAGCAUGCACGGCUACUCAAGUUGGCGUUAACGGAACUUGUUACGAACGCGCUCCAAUUGGUGCU